ACGCAGGCGGGGGGGCCAGGCGCUGGGCUGCGGGCCAGGCGGAGCUUUCCCUCGCCCCCUCUCCUCUGCUGGAGCAGGGCCGCCCCAUCGUGUCCGUGAGACUGGGACCCCUCCAGCCCCCUCCCUCGGGCUGUAUCGCCCAGGCCGCGGCAGGACACGCCUCCUCUUGCCGGCGGGAUUCAGCCCUGCCUGGAGGCGCUCUAGGGAAGAGAGGAGGACGCUUUCUCCGGGCCCUAGUCCAUCGUCUGCCUCUCCGAUGAAGCUGCCAGCUCCAAGGCCUGGGUGCUGAUGCUCGUUCUGUUGACCACGUUUGUUCAAUAAGAGUUGCACUGGAACAUAGGCUUUAGGGGUAGAAAGCCCAAUAGCCUCACCCAGCCAGUUCCCCCAGCCUGGGGCUGCACGGGAACUUGUACCUUAAGGGGAAAAUCCCCUGUAGCCCAUGUCCCUCCACUACCUCUGCUAAGGUGCUCAUCUUUUCCCACUGCAGGAAGCACUGGCCAAUCUCCCUGCCUUUGUCUCGGAAAUGGAGCCUCUGACCUCUUUUCCAGCAGGGGGUGAAUGGUAAUCCUAGCUCUGGAGUUCAGGGUAUCCUAACCUUAAUCUGAGUCUGCACAGUUGUCACUGAGGCAGAUUCAGUCCUGGCUGCUCAGUUUCCCUCUCUCUAGGUAGCCUGGAUGGGACCAUCAAAAGUGCAGCAGCUGGGAACCAAGAAACAAGCAGGUGGGACAGGCUCUCGUGCUAUUAGCCUGAGUCACCACUGAGAUACUGUCCACCAGCUACAAAGAGUCAGUGUUUCAUGUUGCCAGAUGUUAUUCCAGGGGACCCGAGCAUUGGUUUCUUUCUCCCUCUGCUCUUAAGGCUCCUGUACGUGGAAGUUCAGGAAACUUUCUGAUUCCAUCCCAUGUGAGAAGUGUUUGUAUCUUGAAGUCCCGGGAGCUGACUGGAUUCACAGAUCUCAGUGCUGGAGCCCUCUCUGCCUCACCUGUCAAGGAGCUGGGAAUGACUUGCCACAUCUCCAGGCAUGGACACUACCUGGGGCUCAUUUAAUUCUCUUUUCAACAUGAGCUAUAUUGCCAAAUUCUCUGAUCUUUCUGGUUUAUCUCUGACACUGUUAUAUACCCAUGACUGGGCUAGAUCUGUGGCCUACAACUGCCUUUAAGUGGGAAAUCGUGCCUCUCAUGCUUCUGGAUCACUGUUUUCUAGCUCUCUCAGGUUCUGGUGCGCUUCUAGAUCUCCCUUUGUCCAGAUUUUUUGUGAUUCUAGAUACUUCCUUGUUGAAGAUUUUACAUAUUGUUUCAUGAUAGCUCUGCCAUGCGUCUGGCUACUCUCCUUGCCUUCCUGCGGCCUGCUCUGCCACUCAUCCUGGGCCUCUCCUUGGGAUGCAGUCUAAGUCUACUGCGUGUCUCCUGGAUCCAGAGUGAUGGGGAGGAUCCUUGCAUGGACACAGGGGUAAAUAAUGGGCUGUUUGCAGGGAAAAUGAAGCAGGACUCUGUUGCUGGAGGAAGGUCAAGCCAGAAUGAUGAAGACUUCAAACCCAGGAUUGUUCCCUACUACCGAGACCCCAACAAGCCUUACAAGAAAGUGCUCAGGACUCGCUAUAUCCAGACAGAGCUGGGUUUCCAUGAACGACUCUUUGUGGCUGUGCUCACCUCCAAGGCAACCAUGAACACACUGGCUGUGGCAGUGAACAAGACAGUGGCCCAUCACUUCCCAAACUUGCUGUACUUUACGGGGUUGCGCAGUGCCAAGGUGCCCCAUGGUAUGGCGCUGGUGUCACAUGGGGACGAACGCCCAGUCUGGCUGAUGUAUGAGACCAUACGCUACAUCCAUCAGCACUUUGGGGGUGACUAUGACUGGUUCUAUGUCAUGCAGGAUGACACCUACGCCCAGGCCGAGCAGAUCAAGGCCCUGGUGACACACCUAAGCAUUAAUCAGGAUGUUUACCUGGGACGGGCUGAGGAGUUCAUUGGGGGGGAUGAACAGGCCCGCUACUGCCAUGGUGGCUUUGGCUACUUGGUUUCCCGGAGCCUGCUGCUUAAGUUGCAUCGGCAUCUGGACAGCUGCCGUAAUGAGAUUCUCAGUGUGCGCCCAGAUGAGUGGCUGGGACGCUGCAUCAUCGACUUCCUGGGCAUCAGCUGCGUCUCCCAGCACCAGGGCCAGCAUUACUACUCCUAUGAACUGGCCAAAAAUGCAGACCUAGAGAAGGAGGAGGGUGAGGACUUCCAGGUGGCGCUGACUGUGCACCCUGUCUCUGAGAGGACCCUCAUGUACCGACUGCACAAGCAUUUCAGCAGGAUCCAGCUGGACAGAGCCUACCAGGAGAUCCAGCAACUCCAGAUGCAGAUCAGGAACCUGACAUCGCUGACACCAGCCCGCGAGGGUGGGCUGACAUGGCCUAUAGGCAUCAAUGCUCCCUUUGUCCCCAAAUCCCGCUUCGAGGUGAUCAGUUGGGACUACUUCACAGAGCAGCACCUCUUCUCCUGCCCUGAUGGCUCCCCCAAAUGUGAGCUGGCUGGAGCCAGCAAGGCCGAUGUUAGUGACAUCAUUGAGGCAGCACUCCAGCAGCUCAACAGCCGCUACCAGCCCCAGCUUCGUUUCUACAAGCAACAAUUGUUGAAUGGCUACCGGCGCUUUGACCCCACACGGGGCAUGGAGUACAUGCUGGACCUCUUGCUGGAGGCUGUAACCCAGAAGGGCCACAGCCAUGUUCUGGCUAAGCGAGUGAGUCUAGUGCGGCCCCUCAGCAAGGUGGAGAUCAUCCCCAUGCCCUAUGUGACAGAGGCUACACGUGUGCAGCUGGUGCUGCCCCUGACGGUGCAGGAGCUGGACUUUGUCAGCAACUUCCUAGACAUGUUUGCAAUGAACACGCUGGAUACACAUGACAAUGCCCUGCUGACCCUGCUCUUCAUCUACCAGCCUUAUGAUGCUCAGCGGGUCAGCCAGCUGGAUGUCUUUGCUGGAGUCAAAGCUAUGGUGGGAGAGCUGGAAAAACGCUAUGCAGAGGUGAAAAUCCCCUGGAUCAGUGUCAAAACCGAGGUGCCAUCCCAGGUGAAGCUCAUGGACAUAGUGUCGAAGAAGCACCCUGUGGACACUCUCUUCUUCUUGGCCAGUGUUUGGACAGAGGUUAACACAGAGUUCCUGAAUCGCUGCCGCAUGAACACCAUCAGCAACUGGCAGGUCUUCUUCCCAAUGCACUUCCAGGAGUUCAACCCAGUGCUGAUGUACCAUGGUGAGCAGGCCUCCUCCUCUUCCAGCACCGACUUCCUGAGGGAUGGGCACUUUGACCGUCACGCCUUUGCUGAGGCUUGCUUCUAUAACUCUGACUACAUGGCAGCACGCACCAAGCUGGCGGCUGACAUUCUGGACCGGGACGAAGUCCUGGAGAGCAUGGAAGUAUUUGAUGUCUUCCUUCGCUACUCUAGCCUGCACUUGUUCCGGGCUGUGGAGCCAGGGCUGGUGCAGAAAUAUAUGCUGAGGAGCUGCAACCCCCGGCUGAGCGAGGAACUGUAUCACCGCUGUGUGCUCAGUAACCUGGAGGGGCUCUCCUCCCGCUCGCACCUGGCCAUGGCCCUCUUUGAGCAGGAACAGGCCAAUAGCACCUGAAGGACCCAAAGCUACCAGUGGUUCCCCAGCACCUUAAUACUUGCACCUUCCACCCCUCUUCCCAGCCCCAGUCCUGCCCUGGGAAAGAUGGGUGCAUGAGGCCUAGGGGCUGGCAGGGCAAUUGGAAAAUUUGGUUUAAUAGGAAAAGCGAUUAAAGUUUCUUCCCAUGCAAAUUAA